AUGAUGAAAUCGGAAGAAUUGACUGUGGUUCAACUGAAAGAGCAGUUGGAGAAAGUGGGACUUGGCACAGGUGGUGCGAAAGCAGAACUGCAGUUGAGACUUUGUGAGGCGUUGGAGGCUAAUGGCAUAUACGUAGAAGAACACGAGUUCCUCGAUGAAGAACCUGACACGAAUAAUGAAAUUAUGGCAAUCAUGAACUUAAUGAUGCAGAAACUUGAGAAAAAUUCUGAAGAACAGGCGCAUAGUUUACGUAAGUUGGACAAAAAGCUGGAACAACAAUUUAGUGAAAUCACGCAGACAUUAGGACAAAAUUUUGUCGAAUUAAAGAUGGAGUUACAACAAGUCCAAAUUAAGUGCUCGAGAAGAAAAGAAAGGACCCGAAUGUCAGAAUGUCCAGGUCUCAAAAGGGUUAAACUACAGGCACCGACGUUUGAUGGGAGCUAUACUUUUGAAGUGUUCAAACUCAAAUUUGAAAUAGCGGCUGCAACAAAUAAUUGGAAUAUUGGUGAGAAAACGGAAUCACUGAUUGUGGCACUAAAAGGUAGUGCGGAAGAAUUUUUAAAACAAAUUCCACCCGAACAACAUAAAAACUACCAAGCUGUAAUGGAUACAUUGGAGCGCAAACAAUCAAUUAUGCCAAAAAUGAAUCGCACACCACCGAACGUUCCAGCAGGUGUAAGUGUACCAACAGGCUGCGGUGCGAAAAGAAUGUUAAAGGAAACAUCGCCUGAACAACAGGAAAGUAUGGUAGUCAAAAAUUCAGUGGGUAAUAUGCAGCUGUCAGAUCUAAUGAGUGUAUUAUCAAACCUAUUAGAUGAUAAACUACAAAAUGUGGCCACAAAAAAAGAUCUGGAAGAUAUAAAAGCAAAGAUGGGCAAUAUAAAUCAUAAAGUUGAAAAUCUAGCUAAGGAGAAUAGCGAACUCAAGAAGGAACUAGAGAAAUUAAAGCGUGAGAGGGAACAUGAGCAAUUAGAAAUAGACCGCCUUAUAAGCCAAAGUAAAAGAAAAAAUGUAAUAUUUAAAGGCUUUGAAAAAGCUAACAGUCCAAAAAAAGCAGUCGAAAUGGUUUGUAAUCAUAUAUUAAAACUACCGGAGGUAAAAAUCGCGUCAGCAAGAAUUAUCUACACAAGAAAUGAAAGAAUAAGCGUAGUGGCAGAAAUGGGUGCUGAAGACAUGGCAACAGAAGUUUUUAAAAGUGUCAAAAAUUUAUCAGGACAUAAAAUAACAAUAGAGAGGGACUUAGAUAAGAAAAGACUAGAAUGCAAGAAAGCCCUACUGCAGUUGAAAGCGGAUAUCCUGAACGUAGACCAAACCCAUGUGAAUGAAAAUAAAGCAGAAAGUCUGAGUAAAUAUUUUGGCGGUUACAAUUUAACAUGGAAAUAUGCAACAAGAAUUAAUAAUUAUGGCAGAUAUAGUGGAGGUAUACUGCUAGCAAUAAAAAAGGAAUUGGCAAACCUACGAAUUAAUUGUUAUACUAAAAUAAUUCAGGAAUGUCAUGUAAUAUAUAUAAAAUUCGGACACACUCAAAUAAAUAUAGUACCUUUAUACAUAAGAAGCGCAAUCUGGUCCGACGAAUUUAGUAAACUGGAGACAAUAUUCAUGGAAAAUGAAAUUAAAAAUCUUAUUGUGAUUGGAGACCUGAAUGUCAGAAUUGGUAAAAUGCAAAACUACUUGGAAGAGGAAUAUAUAGCGAACUUUACGGCUGGAUUCGAAGAAAGGAAAUCUAAAGACGAAGUGGAAAACUCUCGUGGACAUAGAUUUAUACAUUUAUGCUGUGACAACGGACUUGUAAUACCGAAUGGAAUGACAAAAGGUGAUGAGGAAGGAGAAAUUACAUUCUGUAGUGGAGUUGGAAUGUCAGUAAAUGAUAUCUGUGCAGUCUCCCUAGAAAUACUUGAAUUUAUCGAUAAGUUUGAAGUCGGAAACACACACUGGUCUGACCAUUUUCCUAUAGUCUUAACGUUAAGAUUGACAGAUAUAGAAACGGUAAGAAAAAAUACAAAUUUACUUCCAAAAUUGAAAUGGAAUAAACAGCAAGUAACAGCAUAUAAACAGCGAAUAAGUGAAACCUUAUUAAAUGUAAAACAGAAUAAAGAUCUGCUAACUCUGACGGAUAUAACUUAUGUAAUUAAAUCGGCGCAUAAAGAAACACAAAUUAGGGAACACUCCUUCGAGAAAAAACAAAAUUGGUUUAACUGGAGAUGUCAUAAAGCGAGACAGGAAACAUUCAAAAGCCUAGAAAAAUUUAGACAAGUAAGUAGCAGCCAGAACAAAGAGUUUUACUUAAAAGAUAAUAAGCACUAUAAAGUUAUAUGUGCAGAAGCCAAACAGAGAUACUACCAACAAUUGGAUGCUAAGAUACAAAAUGUAAAGACAAACAAAGACUGGUGGAAAAUUGCAAGAGAAAUAAAUGGAAAUACAAGUUCAACGAUUACAAUGGAGGCAGAAAUGCUGAAAUUAUACUUUAGUAAUUUACUAAACCCAUCACGGACAUCAUUAGAUAUACAAUAUGCUCACGGUUAUAUGGAAGUUUAUGAGCUAGACAAAACCAUAACACUAAGAGAAGUGAAAGAGUUUGUUGAGCGAACAAAAAAUUACAAAGCUCCGGGAGAAGACAGAAUACCAUACGAAUUCAUUAAAUAUGCAUCUGAUGACCUCCUAUCAGAGAUAACAAUAGCUUGUAAUGACAUGUUUAACAGCGGUAUAGUUGAUGAAUCGUUUGUGAAAAGCAUAAUAUACCCCAUACAUAAGAAAGGUCAUGUAGGAUUACCGUGCAACUAUCGCGGAGUAUCGUUUAUGAAUUGUAUUGCAAAAAUUAUGAUGGGUGUAGUAACAGACAGGCUAACAAAUUGGACCGAAAAUUUUAAAGCAGCCUUCGAUAAGGUCUCUCGAAAGGCGUUAAUUUAUAAGCUUCACGCAGCUGGAGUCUCAACUAAAAUGGUCCGUUUUAUUGAAAAUGUGUACUCGAACACUAAAUGUGCAGUAUGGACUGGAAAAGACCUAUCUAAUGAAUUCUCAGCUGUAAGCGGAGUGAAACAAGGUUGUAUAUUAUCACCGCACUUGUUUGUGCUUUAUCUCAAUGACUUACAUGAUUUUUUGGGAGGAGGCAUACAGAUAGAAGAACUAAACAUUCGAACUUUAAUGUAUGCCGACGACAUUGUGAUACUGGCUGACGAUAUAACGACGCUGCAAAAAAUGAUUUAUAAGUUGGAAUCAUACUGCCAUAGUUGGAAUUUAGAAAUCAAUCUAAGUCCGCAAUUAUGGUUUUUCGAAAAGGAGGUAGAUUGGCAAAUAAAGAAAAAUGGUAUCUCGGUGGAGAAGAAAUAA